AUCCACUAUUUAUCCUCCGCACAGCUGGGCCCCUCCUCCUCAAGUGACAUCAUGAAAGGUCCUUUAUCCACUAUUUAUCCUCCGCACAGCUGGGCCCCUCCUCCUCAUGUGACUGAACCACAUGGUCAUCAGACAUCGGCAGUUGUCACAGCUGAGCUCCACCCUGUCAUGUGACUGGUCACAUGAUGGUGACAUCAUCUCAGGUCCUUCAGCCUCUAGGAUUGCAGUCCUGGCGGGGUCUUCUCCACAACCGCCACGCUGAGGAUGGACGAAAAUGAGAAGAACAGAAGAAUAUUAAACCUCACACUGGAGAUCAUCUACCUGCUGACCGGAGAGGAUUACACAGUAGUGAAGAAGACAUCUGGAGAGUGUGUGGCCCCCAGCAGGUCAGGAGGAUGGAGCAGGGCCCGGGGCCCCAUCACGGAGCCUCCACCUCCCUCACUGAUACCUGAGAGGAACAAUGAGCAGAAGAUCCUAGAACUCACCCACAAGAUGAUGGAGCUGCUGACUGGAGAGGACAGGGAUUGUUUCGGAGGUCAGGAGCUUCUGCCCCCGGAGGUUAUAAUGAAACCUCUCCUGCCCCUCACAUCCCCGGCAGAUAAGUCCUUGAGGACGUCCACACCCGACAGGUGUCCCAACCCUUAUUAUAUGGAAGACUGUGAAAUAAAGACUAAGAGCGUCCCGCAUCGCGAUGGAGCCAAAGAAAACGACCUCUUCAUCAUUAAAGUGGAAGCUGUAGAGGAAGACGAGUUGUAUAUGAAUGGUGGACGACAGUGCAAGAUGGAGAGCGUGACUACAGAGAUCAGCCUGGGUGAGAGCGUGACUACAGAGAUCAGCCUGGAACGAAGCAGCGAGAGCUCGAGCGGACACCUCGUGACUCCAGAUUCAGAAGACGAUCCGAUCCCGCUCGACGCCACGGAAACAAAACUCUAUAACCCCAAAAUCCUUCCGGAACUUUCCAGUCGAGAUCUUUCUUCUGACUUCUCUGAGGAGCCUCCUGAUAAACGCCCGAAAAAGAGUAAAAGCCAUAAAAGGCUGGAAAUCCUUCCGAGCUGCCGAUGUGGGAGGUUCUCCUCGUUUUCCUGCUCCAGUUGCGGCACGCAGGGAACAACCAUCACACACCAGGAAAUCAGAAAGAAAAAGCGUUCGUUUUCAUGUAACGUGUGCAACAAAACUUACACUCAUAAAUCACAUCUUGUACAGCAUCAGAGAGUCCACACGGGUGAGAAGCCAUAUCCGUGCGAUGCAUGCGAUAAAUGUUUUUCACGGAAAUCGCACCUGGUGGAACAUCAGAGAACUCACACAGGGAAGAAGCCUUUUUCAUGUUCAGAGUGUGGGAAAUGUUUUAGCAAGAAGUCGAACCUGAUUCAGCACAAGAGAAGUCACACAGGAGAGAAACCCUUCUCGUGUGCAGAAUGUGGGAGAUGUUUCACGGUGAAAGGAAACUUGGAGAGGCACCAGAGGACUCACAGAGACGAGAGGUUGUUUUCAUGCUCUGAGUGCGGAAAGUUCUUUUCCCAGAAAUCGCAUCUUCUUGAGCAUCAAAGAAUUCACACAGGGGAGAAGCCAUAUGCGUGUGAGGAGUGUGGGAAAUGUUUUAAUGAGAAAUCAGAUCUUGUGAAGCAUCAAAGAAUUCACACAGUGGGGGAGCAGGACUUCCAGCUUCCCUCUGAUGGGAUCUGCUCCCAUCCGUUGCAGUAAAUCCGUGGUCCUCACAGGGACUUGUAAUGCGGAGGGAGGACUACACCUAAACAUUUCAUCGGAUUUGCCAGCGAUGCAACAAAUUCUUGCACCCGUUAUAUAAAAUAUGCAGUUAUUGCCCCUCCCCCUUUACUUGUCCCCAGGACGGCAUAUAUAACAUGGUAUCAUGCUUUCAGUUUCCGUACAGGAAGUGAUUGGUAAAUGUUCAUAUUAUGUCUCAUGUAUUUUUAUACUUAUAAUAUAUAUUUAAUUUGUAUUUUGAGGUCAUGAUAUCCAAGUAUUGAAGGAGAAAUACCAAAAGAUUCCCAAUAUAUGUAUUUCACAGAGCUGGUUGGUGGGUGGACUAUGGGUGGUCCUUCCAUUCACAGUGCAGGUUGGUGGGUGGACUAUGGGUGGUCCUUCCAUUCACAGAGCAGGUUGGUGGGUGGACUAUGGGUGGUCCUUCCAUUCACAGAGCUGGUUGGUGGGUGGACUAUGGGUGGUCCUUCAGUUCACAGAGCUGGUUGAUGGGUGGACUAUGGGUGGUCCUUCCAUUCACAGUGCAGGUUGGUGGGUGGACUAUGGGUGGUCCUUCCAUUCACAGAGCAGGUUG